GUUGGCAUCGAUUAAUUUAUCGUAUUUCUCUCAAUAUUUUUGAUUGAAGUGUAGUUUGUAGUAUUAGUUUGAUAGUUUACUUAUGUUUAUUAUGUUAAAAUAAAAUCUAAGUUAGAGCAUUUCAUUAGCAUAUAUUUGGAACUAAAUCAUCACACAGGCGGAGCAAGAGUUCCUGGAGCACCUGAACAGUUUGAAAAUCAAGGUUGAGGAUGGCGACACGAGGUGCAUGGUGGAACGUCGCGGGAGGGACAUCUCCGGCAAAUGGAUAUACCUGUGCUACCCAUGCGCGGCAGUGUGCAGCGGGGAGAGCAUCCUGCAGACUCAUAUAUCUGGGAAGAAGCACAAAACCAAGUUGGCGAUGAAAAAUAUUUGGCCUACAAACAUUUUUGAAGAGCAUCCUUAUAUUCUGAGCGAAAAAGGUGCAGCUAAGGAAAAAGGUGGAGCGACAGCAACGGUUCUACAGAAAAUGGCUGAAGAAGUGAAUUACCAUAACAACCCGUCGGAUCUUGAAAUAAAAUACAAUAAAUAUAGAAACGUCCGUUGCCAUAUUCAAGAUUCUCUCGACGCAUGCAAAACUCCUCUAGUGGGCGUGGAGUACCUGGUGGAGCACCCUCCCGAGGAAGCCCACUACGAGCCUUCUUACAUCUGCACGCUGUGUUCCAAGCAGGGUCAUCCGCGAACCAUCAUCAACCACAUGACCUGUUUCUGGCAUCGAUUCAAUUACAUAGUGCGUCACUUCCCUAAAGCGAGCGAGCUGUUGUUACCGUAUAGGUCUCAGCAGAAGUAUCGCGAGGGUGUCGCCGUCAUUAUGAACCGUUUCGCAAAGAGAAUAGAGGAUAAAUUCGGUCGUCUCAUGCCCGUUAACAUCGAAAAGGAGGAAUACGAGAAAGAGAAAGACCGUAUUCACCAAUGGCUUUUCAAGGGUCCUCAUUGCUGUGAAAAAGAAGAUUGUACAUUGGAAGAGGUCGUUGACAAGGAUUUGAUAGAGUCGUUGAGUACUAAGUCGGAGAGGGACGGCUCGAAGAGUUUCCCUAACAGAAAAGAUGAUAAGAGAGAUCCAUCGCCUCCUAUAGUCGCCGCUCCUACGAAACCUAUGUUUAAUAGUUACACUAGGUUCGCGGGUCGACAAGAGCGUAGGGCGGGUUCACCGGGUGUACUCUCCGAUAUCAGUGAUGAUCUGGAGCCGCGCAGAGAGCGGCCAUAUAACAGAAACAACAACCUUCAGCAGAAUCGGUUCGAGCCGUACCGUGACAAGAGGCAGGAACGCAGUCCCGGUCGUAUGCGCUAUACAAAUAAGGCUGCUACUAAGGACAAAUCCCAAGAAAAGCAAAAACCUCAUAACUACGAGUACAAGAUUAAGUUGGUCGAGGGGCAGCGUCGCAACGCAGAGGAGGCAGCUAAGAAGACACUAGCUUAUCAUGAGAAAAAUCCAGAAAAGCAUCCAUUGUACCCUGAAGAGUGGAAAAAGUUCUGGAAUCGCCGCUAUAAGGAGAUACAAGCUGAUGGAAAAGAUCCGUCGAAGCACGAUUUUAAACCGGAAUGGAUAGUGUUCUGGACUGCACGCAUGAAGGAAUUGCACGAAGAAGAGUUACGGGUGCAAGUGAGCGAGAUAUAUCGUAAGAUGCGUCUCACGCCGCCCGAUACAAAGCUCGCCCCCGAACCGAAGACGAACGUUGCAGAUGCCAAACCCAGAUUCCCUGAACUCAAGCGGAGGUCUACGGAAAGAGCACGUUCACCGGAUCCCAGGCGGAGAUCACCCGACCCGAGGAGGAGAUCCCCCGAUCCUAGGAGAAGAUCCCCGGAGCCGAGGCGACGCUCGCCUGAUCCCAGAAGGAGGUCGCCGGAACAGAUGCGUUGGUCUCCUGGUCCUAGACAUGCAGAGAUCCGUCAUAGAUCUCCGUUGCCGAGGAGGAGGUCGCCUGAACCCAGGCGGAGGACUCCCGAACCCCGAAGAAGAUCACCGGAUCCGAGGAAACAGCCGCCGUUGAGGCGACCAGAUGACCGGUACAGACGGGAUUAUAGAUCGCCUGGCCGUAUGAGAGCAAACGAACGGGACAUCUCACCUCCUCGGGUACACUCCAACAAAACUCGUUCUCGUAGUCCUGUGCAGAGGUCACAAGGUCGCGGCAGUGGCAGUCCGCUUUCGCGUCGUGACGCAGUCGAACCGCUGCGGAACCGCAGUCGCACGCCGGAACGCAACGCGAGUGUAGCGCCAUCUAUGCAGACCGUACUCAUAUCCGACGACGAGUUGAAACCAGACGACGGUCUGUCGCCCUGGAACUCUGACAACGACAUGGACUCUAUAUUGUCUAUGCCUGACGUGCGAUCGCCUGCGCUCAUGUCGCGCGCCGGCAGCGAGAUGUCGCGCACGUCGCGCCACAAGCGCGAGUACUCGCGGCCCGCGCAACCGUCCGACCUAGGACCAGCAGAGAACGUGGUCGCUACAUUGAGACUGUUGGUAGCAUUGGAGGACUAUUUGGGCAGCAUCGGCCCUAAGCUGGUCGAUUUGCUAACGGAAGCUCUGCGAAUGGAGAAGGAGAAAGGGAACUCUUCUGAGGAGUUGCUCGAUCGUGAUUCAGCGGUAGUAUUGAUGGAGACCGCGAAGGAGAAGCUGAAGGGCGCGGUUCAAGCGGGACUGGUUCCCUCUGCCGCUUCUGCCGCAGUCAGAUCAGCAGUAGUGAGGACUGCCGCUACCCUGCACGCGGCGGAUACAAGGGCACGAGCACGUAAUAAGGAGAAAAUGGCUAAACCCAAGCCUGAUGCAAACCCGGUGCCGGUAGCAGGCGUCGGCGAGGUGGAUCGUGCUCAAAUCGCUCAGCAAAUGGCGGCCGCUCUCAUCGCUCAGGGCAAGACCGAUGUGUCGUCCGAAGAACUGGCGCAAUUGGUGGACGCUGUGGUCGGAAUGGCGGAGGCCAAGAAGCGGGAGUCGGACUUGAAGAAGGUGGAAGCUAGACCCGUAGCACCGGUUAAAGCUGCGCCGGCGCAACUCAAGAGUUCGCAAACCUCCGCUUUGCAGUUGUUGCAGUCGGCGUACGAUGAAAACGAUAAAAGGAUAGAAAAGGAGGAAGUCACAGACGCAAUGGACGGCCUGUCUGAUUCAGAUUUGGAAACGCUAUUGAAGAAUUUCAACGAGCUGUCCGCUGAGGAGCAACACAGUUUAAUAGCGUAUCUGAAGAAACUUGAAGCGCGCGAGCCCGAGCGAGUGGAACGGCUGCGUCAGUACGUGAGCUCCGCCGCCACCGUCACCUCCGCCGCUGCGGCCACACCGGAUAAACCGGCUGAUGACGUCAACACUGUCUCUAUAGAGAGCGACGACGAUGAUUACACUGUUGAAGAGGUAUUCCAAUCUGCGACUCAGAAAGUAAAGGAAGAUCAGAUACGUCAAGAAAUGGAAAUAGUGAAGAAGUCCCUAGAGGAGUCUAAGACCGUAACAGCGCCGACGGAGACCAAGCAAAACCCCGUGGUCGAUUUGACCAAAAACUUAUCUUCGGCAACAGAUCUCUUGGCGUUUAUGCAAGCGUCCAUUCAAUCGGCUUCGGCACCGGCCGCACAGCAAGCGGCUGACGUCGUCACCAGUAAUACUCAACCGCGUUCCUUCGGUGAUUUACCUGAAGCCCCUAUGGCUGUACAGGAACCAGGGAAAUCUCUACUGUCGACCCCGCUGAUAGCCCAACCGCCUUUCAAUCAAGGUUUAUUGCGAACGCCGCAAAAUAUUAUGAACUACGAAGGUAAUAAUCAAAACGCAGACAACAGUUGGAACCAAACUCCACAAACUAUUGGUAACUAUGCGCAGGACGGUGGUUCCCAAAUGCACGAUAACAGAAAUAUUCAGAAGCAGGAUAAUAGAGGGAAUUUUUCGCAAGACAAUAGGCCGCCGUUGUUACAGAAUAAUAGAGCGCCUUUGUUGCAAGAUAACAGGGGCGGACAUUUUCAACAAGGUAACAGGGGACCGUAUCAACAAGACAAUAUGCAAGAUAACAGAGGUCCCCAACAAGGCAAUAGGGGCCCUUUCAUGGACAAUAGAGGCCCCUAUGGACAAGAUAAUAGGAACAUGCAGAUGCAGUCCAAUCGGCAAUUUCCAAUGCAGAAUAACAGAGGUCCCAAUAUGCAAAAUAACCCACCUCUUUUACAAAGUAAUCCACCCCUUUUACAAAAUAAUCCACCCCUUUUACAAAAUAAUCCAUCCCUUUUACAAAGUAAUCAACAACAUUUUGGACAAAAUCAACCCAUGCAAGAUAAUAGAGGUGGAUCAUUUAUGCAAGAUAACAGGGGGAUGCCGCAAAGAGGUUUCGACAACAAUUUCAGACAAGAUUCGUAUAAUCAGGGUCCUCGACCAAACUUCUCAAAUGGAAGAAUGCAAGACAAGAAUUUUGACACAAGACAGCAAGACCAACAACAAUUUGGUAAUCAGAAAAAUUUUAGAGGCAGAGGCGGCGGUAGGGGUCAGCACGGUGGUCAAAUGAGAGGUCGAGGCAGAGGUGGAUUUUAUCAAAAAUAAGCAAUUUCUAAAUAAAUACAAAUGAAUUUCUAAGGUAUUAAUAUUGAUAAAAAAUUACUAUUAAGAGCACAGUAGGUGCAUUUACGUUGUAUGUAUUUUACCAUUUGUGUAAGUGUUAAUAAAUGGUCAAUGAACUAUGU